AUGUCGAGUAUGCUGAGGACUGCCCUUGUUUGUGCUACUCCUGUCUGCCGCGUUGGCAUUCUUCACUCUGGAUCGAGGCUAGCCCCUAAAUUAGGAACUACGUUCGCAACACGAGCGCUCAUUCAUAGCGGUCAGCCAAACAACAACUCAUUGACAGGGAAACGUGUCAAUGAAGAAUCAGUCACGGGAACAGAGGGCUUCCAUAUCAAGGACUCGGCUACAUCUAAGCAGGGUCUGACCACUCCUGAUGCAAUUAGCACAUUGCCGCCCACAAUCGUCCGAGGCGAUUGGGUGCUAUUCCAUCCUGUAUACUCUCAGGAGGAAAUCAAAGCAGUCGAAGUUCUCCAAAGGGAAGCGAAAACCAUAUCGGACAAAAUUGCAUGCAAUCUUGUCAAGUUGACAAGAUGGGGAUUUGACCUAGUGUCCGGUUACAAACACAAGCCGAUCCCCGCUGAUAGCCAGAUGUCGCUCGAAGAACUCAGGAAGGGCGGAUAUAUCUUGGAUGAGAAGGCGUGGUUAAGUCGUAUCCUUUUCUUGGAGACAAUCGCCGGAGUACCCGGAAUGGUCGCGGCGAUGCUCCGCCAUCUCACCAGCUUGCGUCUGAUGCGUCGAGACUCUGGUUGGAUACAUACUUUAUUGGAGGAAGCCGAGAAUGAAAGAAUGCAUCUAAUGACCUUUAUGACCUUGCGAAGGCCUUCAUUAUUUUUCCGAGGUUUGAUUUUAGGGGCGCAGGGCGUGUUUUUUAACUUGUUUUUCCUAUCCUACAUAAUAUCGCCCCGCACAUGUCACCGAUUUGUUGCGUACUUAGAGGAAGAGGCCGUCUUAACUUAUACUCGAUGUAUCCAGGACGUCGAGUCUGGACGCCUACCUGAAUGGAGCAAUAUGCCUGCUCCGGAGAUUGCCAAAGACUAUUGGCGUCUAGAUCCUGGCGCCAAGCUACUUGACGUCAUUUACGCUGUGCGGUCUGAUGAAUCCACGCACCGUUUCGUGAACCACAGUCUCGCCAACCUGAACACCGAGACUGACGUAAACCCUUUUGCCCUCCGAGAACCAGACAUGCUUGUCAAAGGGCGCAAGCCCGGAUUCACGAGGGAGGAAGCCGAAAAGUACGUGCUAGAGUCGCACCAGAUGCUUGAGCAGGGUAAAGCCGACUCGAAGUAG